AACUAUUCAUUUGCUCCCAGCCAACAGUCACCUGGUCAAGAGGUCCAAUGGUUGUCCUUAUGGUUGGACUCGCCACGGUGAUCGCUGCUUUUACUACGUUCCAACAACCAUGAGUUGGGCUAGAGCUGAGAGAAACUGCUUGUCCAUGGGGGCAAACCUUGCAUCAGUGCGCAGCAUCAGUGAGUACCAGAUAAUUCAGGGACUGACUGCCCAUUAUGGCUACCCCCAAACUUGGAUUGGAGGAACUGAUGCACCCCAGGAGGGUAUUUGGUUGUGGAGUGAUGGCACCAGUUUUCACUAUUCACACUGGUGCCCAGGAGAGCCCAAUAAUGAUCGCAAUCAGCACUGUAUUCAGAUGAAUUAUGGAGGUUCCAAGUGCUGGGAUGAUCUGUGGUGUGAUGCUCAGUUGCCAUCUGUCUGCGCCAAGAAAGUCUAAUGUUUCUUGGACUGACACUGAUGUAUGAUGGUGUUUGUGUUUCGCUAGCUCUUACUUUAUUUUAUUUUGCAGCAUUAUAUUUUUCCUCUCUAUAGCACCCAAAGAAAAUGAACAAUCAACACAAGUUGGGCUGUCAUUAAGGCCAUGUGACUUUAGUGGGAGCAGACUUGUUACCAAAGGAUUGAUUUUACAUUUUUCUUCUGCAAAGAAAACUGUUCUCUUCUUUCUUUAACAUUAAAGCGUCAAGCAAGCA